UCCUGGAGGACAAGGGGGUGACAGUUCUGCCCAUUGUGUUCCCACAUGCUGUCUUCAUCUUGGCCCCCUCCCCACUCUCAGCUUCAGCCCUAGGGAACCCCUUCAGUGGCCACACGCCCUCUCUCCCUUACCUUGAUUUUCUGGCCAGCCCCAAAAUCAGCAGCCGCCUGCGCCCUACCUCGCUUCCUCCCGCUGAACGCAACUCCACGUGACCCUGUCUGUCCCACCCCACCCCACAGCCAGGCUGGGAGGGCAGAGCGGGGGCAGGAUGCGGGAGGCAGAGGAGAUGACAAAGCAGGACCCAGAAUCUCUCAUUGAUCCGGAGGCAGUAAUGCCUCUCUCUGAGCCUCAGAUACCUUCUCUGCAGAAUGGGUACAGACUGACCAGGUGCUGGUGAGAAUACACGGUACCUGGAGCGCUCCUCCGCUGCUGGUCAGAGUGUAGAUCAAUUCACCUAAGUUGGAAAACUGGCAUGAUCUCCUAACAGUGACCCUACACCCUUCCUCUGGUCCAGUGGUUAUAGUGUUAGGUAUACACCCAACAGACAAGCCCACUAGCGCUCUUUGUGAUAGUCCCAAACUGGAGGCCACCCUAGUGUCUGUCUACUGUGGAAUGGAUCAGUUGUGAUCCCAUCUGCAGUGGGAUACCAUGCAGCAAGGAAACAAGCAAACUGCUGGAUGAUUGGUUGAACCCGGAUGAAUCACAAACGGUGAACAGUAAAUACCUUGUGGUCCCUUUAAUAUAGUCGCAAAGGAGGCAAAACUGUGGAACAAGUCAGGAUGUUAGUUCCUUUGGAGGAGAGUAGGGGAGCAUGAGAGAAGGUUCUCGGCAUAUAUAUAUUUGUUUGUUUUGUUUUGUUUUUCCUAAUGGUGGUGAAAGUCACAUAGCAAAUUUAACAUGUCCCCUUUCUUGAAUUGGGUGAGCACUUGUCACAAGGGUGUGUUCUGUUGUGAAAAUGUAUUGAGCUGUACAGUCCAGUGCACUUUGUCUGUAUCUUCCUGUAUCUCUGUUGUACUUGUAAAAAGAGGUGGGCAAAAGCUCUUCUAAGAAAUGAAUGAGUCAGCAUGAGAUUCAGCCGAAUCCUGGCCCAGGAGUGGGUUCCAGUGCCAGCUGGUCCUUCGCUCACUGUGUGACCUCAGGAAGAGAUCGCUUUCAGGUGGCAGCCUCAGGCCCACCCCAAGAGGGAAGGAAGAUGAUUUUACGGUCGAGAAGAAAGAGGCACAGAGAUGCUAAGAGCCGUACUCCAGGCCCUACAGCAGGAUGCUGCCCAUCACAGAACACCUGCUGCACCUCCUGGGAGUGGAGAAGACCACGUUCCGCCUGUAUGCUGUGUCUGUGCUCCUCCUCUCCCUGCUCUUCUUCCUCUUCCGCCUGCUGAUGCAGUUCCUGAGGCUCUGCUGGCGUUUCUAUAUCACCUGCCGCCGCCUGAGCUGCUUCCCUCAGCCGCCCCGGCGCAACUGGCUGCUGGGCCAUCUAGGCAUGUAUCUUCCAAAUGAGACGGGCCUCCAAGAUGAGAAGAAGGUGCUGGACAACAUGCACCAUGUGAUUCUGGUGUGGAUUGGACCUGUGUUGCCGCUGUUGGUUCUGGUGCACCCUGACUACAUCAAGCCCCUAGUGGGCGCUUCGGCUGCCAUCGCCCCCAAGGAUGAUCUUUUCUAUGGUUUCCUGAAGCCUUGGCUGGGAGAUGGGCUGCUGCUAAGCAAAGGUGAUAAGUGGAGCCGCCAUCGCCGCCUGCUGACGCCUGCCUUCCACUUUGACAUCCUGAAGCCCUACAUGAAGAUCUUCAACCAAUGCACAGACAUUAUGCAUGGUAAAUGGCAGCGCCUGGCACAGGGCUCAGUGGUCUCCCUUGACAUGUUUGAGCAUGUCAGCCUCAUGACCCUGGACAGUCUUCAGAAAUGUGUCUUCAGCUACAAUAGCAACUGCCAGGAGAAGAUGAGCGAUUACAUCUCAGCCAUCAUUGAGCUGAGUGCCCUUGUGGUCCGGCGCCAGUAUCGCCUGCAUCACCACAUAGACUUCAUCUACUACCUCUCGGCGGAUGGGCGACGUUUCCGGCAGGCCUGUGACACCGUGCACCGCUUCACCACCGAGGUCAUCCAGAAGCGGCGGUGGGCGCUCCGUCAGCAGGGGGCUGAGGCCUGGCUGAAGGGCAAGCAGGGCAAGACCUUGGACUUCAUCGAUGUGCUGCUCCUGGCGCGGGAUGAAGAUGGGAAGGAACUGUCUGAUGAGGACAUCCGAGCUGAGGCGGACACCUUUAUGUUUGAGGGUCACGACACAACCUCCAGUGGGCUCUCGUGGGUGCUCUUUAACUUGGCCAAGUAUCCGGAGUACCAGGAGAAGUGCCGGGAAGAGAUCCAGGAAGUCAUGAAAGGCCGGGAACUGGAAGAGCUGGAGUGGGACGACCUGACUCAGUUGCCCUUCACCACCAUGUGCAUCAAGGAGAGCCUACGCCAGUUCCCGCCAGUGACCUUGGUCUCCCGUCGCUGCACGGAAGACAUCAAGCUUCCAGAUGGGCGCAUCAUCCCUAAAGGAAUUAUCUGCCUGGUCAGCAUCUAUGGGACCCACCACAACCCCACCGUGUGGCCUGACUCCAAGGUGUACAAUCCCUAUCGCUUUGAUCCGGACAACCCACAGCAGCGCUCCCCACUGGCCUACGUGCCUUUCUCCGCAGGACCCAGGAACUGCAUCGGACAGAGCUUUGCCAUGGCCGAGAUGCGCGUGGCCGUGGCGCUGACGCUGCUGCGCUUCCGCCUGAGCGUAGACCGAACGCGCAAGGUGCGGCGGAAACCCGAGCUCAUCCUGCGCACGGAAAAUGGCAUCUGGCUCAACGUGGAGCCGCUGCCUCCGCGGGCCUGAGCGCCGGCCUCCGAGUGGAUCCAGGGGGCCCAAGCCCCGCCCGGAGAGGCCCAGGCCCCGCCCCCAAGAUCCCGAGGGCAGAAACCACGCCCCUCGAAGUUCAGGUUGGACUCCCGGAGGACCAGGCUCUUCCGCGAAGCCCGAAGGUGCAAGCCACGCCCCUCACGACAAGUCUCCGCCUCCUGCCGGUCUGGUCACUCCCCUUGAGGUCCAGGUCCGGUCCCCUGAGUGCCGGUUCUGGCUCUCCAGCUUGAGGAAACAGGCUUGCUCAGGUCCCCUUGGGUCCAGACCCCUCCCAGGAUCCGGAGCAUUCGAGGCCUCAGGCCCCACCCAGCCAUCCUUGGACUUAAGACCCAACACCUAAGGCCGCUGGGAUUCAGGACCAGUUCCCUCCCCCCAGCCCCUACUCGUGGAUUCCAGCUGCCUUCUAAGUUGAAGACUUGGGAGCUGAAGCCUGAAGUUAGAGCCUUGAACCCGGACAUCACCUUCUUGAGGCUCCCAGCUCAUUUGGGCGAACUCCUCUGGCAUCAGGCAGCAUCCCAGGGCUCGGAUGUGUGCUUCAGUUGUUUUGUAGAUCUAGACCCUCCCGCACCUGCUUCUUCCCUCCUCGGUUGCUGAAAGGCCCUUCGCGGAGUGUUCUGAUUUUUGUAGAAUAAAAAAGCAAGGGAUAAAGACG